CAGCACCGGCGGCGUCUCGUUUACUUAACCUUCCUCGAAGCGUUUGUACCGGCCAAAUUACAUACUUCCAAAUCCAAGCCUUGCGCAUUUAUUUUCCCUGCGAGCAUUGCGAACGUGUUCGACAAACCAGAAAGCCAUGGCCGGCUGGAUCUCCUCCAAGCUCAAGGUCGCCGAAACUUUUCUCCAACAGAUCGAUCAGCAGGCAGCCGAGACCCUUCGCAAGACCGACGGCCCUCGAAGCCCCUCCGACCCCUCCGACCGCUCCUCUUUAGGCGGCGGCGGCGAAGAAGACAUCCCCAAGCGGAUCGAUCCCGCUCCUCCUCUCAGACGCCAGCUCCCCAAGAAACUCUCCUCCCCUCCUCCGCUGCCUUCCCCCUCCCCCUCGCCUUCGGCUUCGCCUUCGCCUUCGCCUUCGCCCCUAGCCGAGAGGCCCUCCUCAAGCGGCCAUGUCCCCGCCGACGCCGACGAUGAUUGGACGGAGCUCCUCAGAUCUUCUUCUAAGCCAAUUGCUUCCUCAUCGGCAACGGCAGCUACGGCAGCGGCGACUGCUCGAUCUGAUGGGGGUGCGAAGAAGGCUGCUAUCCCCUUUCUUCCCUGCCAGAAGGGAAUCCGUCGAGGGCAGGCGACUGCAGUCGCGAGUGAGCGGCGGCGAUCGGAUGUCGGCACCGAAGGUGCGGCAAGUAAGAGCGCCUCGAAUGACGAUGAAUCUCCCUCCAGCGGAGUCUCAUUGUUGCGACGAUCGUCAUCUAGCGCAUUGAAUCAAGAAGGACCUAUUGGUGCUUUGAAGGAAGACCCCCCGCCGAAGGGGGAAAAGAGUGGUGAAUCCAAAGCAGUGACUGAGAGUGAUGAGAAGAUGAGGAGUCCUUUGUCUUCCGGCAGUGAAUCUGACUCGGGGAGCGAUUCCGGGUCAACAACGGAUUCGGAGGAGGAGAGGCAGAGGAGGGAGGAAAGGAGGCGGCGGCGGGAGCAGUUGAUGGCGGAGCGAAUGGCGGCUGUUGCAGCAGAGGCAAUCAAAGAACGUGAGGAAACUGUCGCGCGGCUUGAGGGCGAGAAGCACAGCUUGGAGAAAAUGCUUGAGGAGCGAGAGAAGGAGCAAGCUCAAGAGGCUUCAGAGCUGCAGACUAGUAUGAUUGAAACUAUGGAGGCCGUGGAGAUAGAGAAGCAGAAACACAAUAGCACUAGAAUGGAGGCUUUCGCUCGCGUGGCUAGGCUUGAGGCUGUGAAUGCAGAUCUUGCCAAGUCUCUUGCAGCAGCUCAAUGGAAUCUAGAAGUAGAAGUAAAUCGGAUGGCAGAACUACGAGAGCAGAUUGAAUUAAAGGAACUUGCACACGAAGAACACAAGAGGAGAAUGUCCAAUAUUCGAAGCAGUGCCACUUCACAAAAUGAAAUAGAGUCUUUAAGACGGUUCAAACUUGAACAAGAAUUUCUUGAUGCAGAAUACUCUAUCACGUGUGAUAAAAUUAUGAAGUUGAAAGACAAGGUGAAAAGGAUGGAAGAAGACAUUGCAAUUACGAGGAGAGAGAUGAUGCAUCCUACCGAAGUAGAGACUGAAGUCAAGAAACGUCUUGAUCAACUAACAGAUCGCUUGAUUCAGAAACAGAUGCAGGUCGAAGCUCUCUCCUCCGAGAAGGCAACAAUGUUACUGAGAAUUGAGACAGUAUCCAGAUUACUUGGUGAAAAUGGCUUAUGUGUGGAAGCUCCUGAUUCAUCUACCAAGAUAGACAUUGAGGCUGGAACAUGGCAGUCAUCCAAGCGAUCAGCUACAGCACUGCAUGACAGGAUACGGACCGGGCAGAAGCAACUAGGAUCGGUACUAAGACAGUUGGAUUCUAUCUUUUCUGCAGGCCUCAUCUUUCUGAGAAGGAACCCUAGGGCUCAGAUCUGGUCCUUACUUUAUGUUGUGUGCCUGCACCUAUGGGUCUCUUAUAUAAUGAUCUCCCACUCCCAAGUUUCUAGCUCUGGUGCAGUUGUCUCUUUAGAGUCUAUCAAUAAGACGGCGAGCUCGUGAUGCUCUUACUGCUUGGCCAUAUUUUGUUCAUUUAUUGUGUUUGGCGACUGUGUAAGGGAUGAUAUUCUUGCCACUCCCAGGUGGAUAGAUAUAUGGAAGAGGUAUUUUUUCGCUUCUCCAUUUUAUAGGAAUUUCUGAGUAGUGAAUAUGUAAUCUUUUAUUAGUUGAUGUUCCUUGGCCUAAUUAUGCUACAGGGCGCAUGUUUGAUGUGAGUAUAUGGCACUGCAGCCCAUUAGUCAGUAUUAUGUAAAUAGACGAUCCUUAUAAAGCUCAAUAUUUCAUAUUGCAAUUUUCUAGCAAAA